CCGUCGCCGGCGCUUGAUCUCCUCCUCCAACCUUGCGACGACAGCUUCUCCUCCGCCGGUGUCCCUGCAGUCUCCUCCUUCGCAUCAGAAAAUUCGCGGCCAGGAGCAAGAGGAGAUCCUGGCGUGGGUUCAACGGAGCAGGCGAUCUGAUACGCACGCUCCUCUCCAUUCUCCCUGAUCCCUCCCAGAUCGACGCUUGUAAUAGAUCAUGGACUCUUGGGAAGAGGAAGUUAGGAGAUUCAUGUUAGAGGAAGAAGAAGAGGAUGAUGAAUUAUUUUUUGUUCUGGUCCCCGCACUUCAAUUGGGCAUGUAUGAUGAGAAAGAGCCAGAGCACACCUCAGUUUUGACCGGUCCCAAAUAUGUCAAAGAAGUCUUAGAAGGUCAUGAGAGGUGGUGUAAAGUGGACUUUAGGAUGGAAUCUGAGAUUUUUAGAGCUAUAGUACACUUUCUUAGAGUGGAGAAUCUAUUACGUGACACGCGUGGUGUUAUGAUUGAAGAGCAGUUUGCAAUGUUUAUGUUCAUGCUAUCUCAUAAUGCGAGCACCGAGAGGCUAAAAAAGAGAUUCCAACAUAGUGGUGAGACUAUACAUAGGAAAAUUACAGAGUUCUUCGAUAUAAUUCCAGCCCUUACUCAUAAGUUUCUGAAGCUUCCAGAUGUAUACCAAACACAUGUCAAGAUUGCGUCCGACCCUCGAUAUAUGCCUUUCUUCCAGAACUGCAUUGGUGCUAUAGAUGGAACCUACAUCCCUAUCACCAUUGCAGAAGAAAAGGCACCUCCUUACAGAAACAGGAAAGGAACAUUAUCACAAAAUGUAAUGUGUGCCUGUGAUUUUGAUCUGAAAUUCACUUUCAUAUCAUGUGGAUGGGAGGGAUCUGCAUCUGAUGCAGGAGUUCUACGGUCUGCUCGUAAUAAGGGAUUUAAUGUGCCGGUGGGGAAGUUCUACCUUGUUGAUGCUGGAUAUGCAAAUACACCCUCAUUCAUUGCUCCGUAUAGAGGAGUUAGAUACCACCUUAGUGAGUUCAGGAGGCAUAGGUCAUAUGCAAACUAUAAAGAAUUAUUCAACCAUCGGCAUGCACAACUGCGUAAUCACAUUGAAAGGGCUUUUGGAGUGCUGAAAAAGCGAUUUCCAAUUCUGAAAGUGGGUACAUUCCAUCCCAUUGAAAAUCAAAUUAAAAUUCCAGCAGCAGCAGUAGCAUUUCACAAUAUUAUUAGAGGGUAUAAUGGGGAUGAAUGGUGGCUGGAUCACCAACCAAACAAUAUCGACCCAUCUGAUUAUGUUGAGCUACCAGAGGGUGAUGAUGAAUACCCAAAUGAAGUGGAAUCAAUCGAUGGAAACACCCUGCGAGACCAAAUUGCCCAUCAGAUGUGGGCUGCAUACAAUAAUUAGUUGAUCUUAUGUGUGGUUCUUGUAAUAAUGUAAUCUAGUACUAUUAUUUUAUAUGAAAUGUAAUGUACUCUA